CUGUGAACGGAAAGGUGGGGAAUAGUUCCUACGUAUCUACGGUGUUGGCAAAUUUCGAAGGGGACCCAAAUAAUUGGAGCAUUAUGUUUACUCCUAUCAGGGUUGGAGUAUUUAAUGUGCUCAUCGACGAGGAACUUUAUCAAGUUUAUGAUUCAUCAUUGCACUUCCGAGUUGAGCCAGGGAACAUGUAUCCAUCUGUAUGUGUUGCUUCAUGGAAGGGCCUGAAAAAUGAGUUUGAAGCUGGUGCGAAAGCUACUAUUGUGAUACUCCUCAAAGAUGCAUUUGGGAACAAUAUAUCUCGAUCAACAGAAGUUUCCUAUUUACCUGACUUUAAUUUGUCUGUGCUUUAUGAAAAUGGUUCCUUUGCUAGUGCACUAAAUAUCAGCAACAUGGGCUGGAACGAGUUUGACUAUAUGGUUUUUGAGUUUAUUGUGACAAAAGCUGGCAACUUUUCGUUGCGUGUGGAAGGAGGAAAUCAAACAUUGAAUGGUUCUCCAUUACCAUUGAAGGUGAACCCAGGACCUAUAGAUAUCUCUAACUGUAUGGCCAAAUGGAACUUCAAACCAAAAGCAUGGCAAUUGGCUUCCAAGAUGGAAAUUCUUAUACAUCAGCAAGAUCAGUAUGGAAAUCUGGUUCCAGGACUUUAUGAAUUUGAUGCUGAAGUUGUUGAAAGGGAAACAAAUCUGUCAAUACCUGUACCAGAUCUUCAUUUUGAAGAAGUGGAUGCUGGGAUUCAAUUGUUUUCUUUCAGCAAUUUGGAACCCGGGAAUUUCUUUCUAACAAUAUAUGAUAGCAAGCAUAACAAAAGCAUUUUUAGUAUGCCAUAUGCUUACACCGUUUAUGUUGGUUACUGUGAUGGGGUGAAAAGUGUUGUGAAUGGAUCAGGUUUAAAUGAUUCAGUGGCAGGAGUGUUGACAGAAUUUUCUGUGUAUUUAAAUGACAUAUAUCAAUAUCCUUCCCCUGUUGAAGCAGAAUUAUUUCAAGUUCUGAUUUUUAGAGGAAACGACUCAUACAGUAUUUCCCCUACUAUAUAUCCCGUGCUAAACACCACCGGUAUGUGCUAUUAUAAACCAUUUAAUAUAUUAAUUACAUAUAACUCUGUAGUGGCCAGUGCCUUUCGAGUGGAAUAUAUACCUACAAAAAGCGGCACUUAUGAGAUUUGUAUAUAUUGUGGAAAUAUUUUAUUAAAUGGAGGUCAUUCGAUCAGUAAAGAAGUGCGACCAGGUGAAGUAAACAUGUUAUUUUCAGGUGUUGUGACGUUUCCUCAAAAGGUGCCAAAGCUGUCAAAAAAUGAAAUAGUAGUAAAUCUGUUGGAUUCAUUUUCAAACCCUGUCCUGUCACAACAAUCAAGGUUGAAAUUGGAGAUUACUUCAACUAAUAGUUCUGUAUUUCUAACUUGGGACAUUGUGGAUUAUAAGGAUGGUUCAUAUGGCUGCCAUUAUAUGGCCAAAGAUGUUGGCACUUACGAGAUUUGUGUUUCCUAUGAUGACAAGCGUUUCUCCCGAUGCCCUUUCAGUGUCAAUGUGUACAGUAGUGAAUAUUUUCCCAAAGCCAACAAUGACACAGUAUCUAUUUGGGAGGAUGAGUCAAUUGUGGUUGAUGUCUUAGCAAAUGAUAAUUUUGCUGGGGAUAAUGCAAGCAUCGUUGAUCUCUCAAAACCAGAUCAUGGUUCACUUAUACAGAAUGGAGGAAUAUUUCGUUUUACUCCUUAUGAACAUUAUUAUGGAAACGAUUCUUUUUGGUACACGAUAUCCGAUAUAAACGGAAACAUAGCUACUGCUUCUGUGUAUAUAUCUGUUCUCAGUGUCCCACCUCAGCUUGCUUCUGUUCCAAGUCAACUGCAAGCAACAGAAGAUCUGACUAGUCCUAGAUUUGGUGGUUUCAUUGGGUUUGAGAUAACUUAUUCAGAUUUAAUGGAAAAUAUUUCUGUCAACCUGAGCGUACGAUCUGGAAGUAUACUUCUGUCUCCUAUGGUAAUGCAAUUUGGGCAACCUAUGUGGAGUGAACUUACUAUUAAUACAGGAAAUGAAACAGCCAACAAUUUAGUGUUGGAAGGUUCUGUGGAAGUAAUUAAUUUUGCGCUUCAGUCAAUCCAGUAUCUAGGAAAUGAGAAUUUUUGUGGUAAGGAUGUCAUUCGAGUGUCCACCAAGAAUAAGUAUGGAAUGAAUGCGUUGGAUGUUCCAAUUUUUGUGGAUCCAAUCAAUGAUCCGCCAUUUAUUAGGGUCCCUUACUUUAUCAUAUUGAAGGGUAACAAAGGCGAGUCAGUCAUCUUUGACAAAGACUCAGACAACUUUGACUUUUUCAUUGGAGAUCCUGAUCUUCUUACCUUCCCUGGCGGAGAGGCUCAAUUUCUGGUGACUUUCUCUUUGGAAGUAAAUGAUGGCUUAUUAGUAACAACUCUUCCUUCUUAUUUGAUCAACACAACUGAACUGAAGAUUGGAAAUAGUAACCAGUGGCAGCCUCUUUUGACAUAUGUUACUAUAUCAGAGCAUUUUAUGGUCAGAGCCAAUGGAAUUAGAUUUCAGGGAACAGUCAACGACUGCAACACAGUUAUGCAGCAACUUUUCUAUCAUGGAGGUGAGCAUGGAGCUGUUUUGACAUUGAAAUUAAAUGAUAUGGGAAAUUAUGGAUGUUAUCCUGAUUGUUCUGAAGGGAUGUCAAUGCCUUUAUAUGCUGAGGCUAUGGUAAACUUGAUGAGAAGACGACCAAUGAGUUCAUUUCUUGCUCAUGUCUUAGGAUCAGCCAUCAUCAUCGAGUUUUUGAUAAUCUUUUCUCUCGGAGUGUUGCUUCUGUACUUCACCUGCAGAUGUGCAAUUCUUCUGGUAAAUGAAAGAAGAAACAGAGGAGAAAAGCCUCCGGAGAUAUCUGCUAUGCAAGGAUUACAGAAGCAAACUUCAAGCACUGAAAUUUCUGAGAAUGCUAGUCACUUCACUGGUUGCUGUUCAAGUCCUUCCUUGCUUGGCUUUGGUAGGCACUCCUCCAAUUUUCGCCAGCGGUCUCGUCGUGUAUCUCAGAUUGGAGAGACUAGUAUGGCAGUGAAUCGUUCAUCGCCUUCAAAGAGUGAACCCCAACAUGUUCUUGUGCCUAGUUUUACUCCGCUUGUCAUUGACAAAUAUCAUAUCUUAAUUGUCUGAACUGCAAACCAUUUGUUAUAUUGCUACUUGGAAGCCAUUGAA